ACUAUUGAACACAAAACGUAUGAAUCAAAUUUACCGACUGAGAAUAUGAGGAACACACCUAAUUUUAACCGGCGUCGAGUUUUGCCACUUGCGCGUCACUUCCACGUUUUUCCUAUAAAAAGAAGUUUUCUUUAUAAUAUUAAAAUUAACCAACUCCAAAGAUGAGUAAAGCACAUCCUCCUGAGUUAAAAAAGUUCAUGGACAAAAAACUAUCAUUGAAACUCAAUGGUGGUCGUCAUGUUAUUGGCAUCCUACGAGGAUUCGAUCCUUUCAUGAACAUGGUUAUUGAUGAAAGCAUAGAAGAAUGUAAAGAUGGUACCAAAAACAAUAUUGGCAUGGUGGUGAUUCGAGGCAACAGUGUCAUAAUGUUAGAAGCACUGGAUCGAAUUUGAUUAAUAUUAAAUUUAGUAAGUAAGGUAUUUUUAAGGCAAUGCAUCAUCUUUGGAUAACAACAAAUUAAAUUCCACAUUUCCCGUUACCAGUUGUAAUAAGUAAUAAAAAAACCUUUUUGGAAAAACA